AUGAACCAAACUAGACAGAGAGCAAAGCUAACGGAGUCAUGUUUAGGAAUCGCCCACUCCGAACAAAACGAACACCCCUCGAAGACAGUCCAUUUCCUCCAAAUCUGGGUCCUCCCCUGGAAAUCCUCCCUCAAGCCCCAGUACCACACGCUGAGCUUCUCCGACGACGCAAAGCGCCAGUCCUUCGUCCCCAUUAUCUCUCCCCUGGCUGCCGGGCCCGAGGCCACCCCUGCCCAGGAGGAGGCCGCCGUGCCCGCCAUCGCCGGGACGAUCCCCAUCCAUGCGGAUUUCGUGAUGGGGGCGGGAAUCCUCGAGUCCGGGAAGACGUUCCGGUGGGCGGUUGGUGGCGGAGAGGGUGCGGUGCAGUCGCGGCGGAAGCGGAAUGUGUACGUGCAUCUGCCGGCGAGCCGGACGGGAGGGGCGAAGAUUCGGUUGGAUGGGAGAGAGGAUAAAGUGUUGGAGGAAGGGGAUGGGGCGUUUGUGGAGGGGGUGAAUGUUGGGGAUGUGAUUUCGGUGGAGAGUUUGGGGGAGGCCGAGGCGGAGGUGGUUAUUUUGGAUAGUAAUUAG